CGGUCCUGGGAACCGGGUUUCCCCGGCGUAGGUUCCGGAAGAGCUCGGUUCUCUGAGCCGAGCGUGCAGUGCAGCCCGGGCUUCUGUGGCCUCUGGGGCCAAGUGCUUUGUUCCCGGCUAGUUGUUGCUCCUGCGCGCGCAGAGAAGCCCAAGUACUGGUGUCGCGCGCGCCAGGGACCCGCGAGGGCUGGGCACAGGGUGUGAGCGCUGCAGCCGCAGCUCUAGAGCUCGUGCGCCCUGCGCAGCCUGGGGCAUCCCAGGCAGCUGCGGCUCCCGUGCGGUCCCUACGAGGAGGUCGCCCCAGCGACUGCCAAGGCGGUGCGAUGGUGGGCCUGCCCGGGAGCCCGGGAAGGGAAAGCGGAAGCCACGCGCCCGGCCGGUGACCCGGAGGACCCGGCGCCUCGCCCCGGCUGCCCGCAGCACCCGCGCCUGCCCUCGGCUGCCAGUCCCGCGGCACCCGGCGCGCCGAGACCAUGGCCAUCGCCCACCUGGCCACGGAGUACGUGUUCUCGGACUUCUUGCUAAAGGAGCCCACCGAGCCCAAAUUCAAGGGGCUGCGGCUGGAGCUAGCGGUGGACAAGAUGGUCACAUGCAUCGCCGUGGGUCUGCCUCUGCUGCUCAUCUCGCUGGCCUUCGCUCAGGAGAUCUCCAUCGGUACACAGAUAAGCUGCUUCUCCCCAAGUUCUUUCUCCUGGCGACAGGCUGCCUUUGUGGAUUCAUACUGCUGGGCUGCUGUGCAGCAGAAGAGCUCCCUGCAAAACGAGUCUGGAAACCUCCCACUGUGGCUGCACAAGUUCUUCCCCUACAUCCUGCUGCUGUUUGCCAUACUCCUGUACCUGCCCACGCUGUUCUGGCGCUUCGCAGCAGCUCCGCAUCUCUGCUCAGACCUGAAGUUUAUCAUGGAGGAACUUGACAAAGUCUACAACCGUGCCAUCAAGGCUGCCAAGAGCGCUCGGGACUUGGACCUGAGAGACGGACCUGGACCGCCAGGAGUGAAUGAGAAUGUGGGGCAAAGUCUGUGGGAGAUAUCUGAAAGCCACUUCAAGUACCCAAUUGUGGAGCAGUACUUGAAGACAAAGAAGAGCUCUAGUCAUUUAAUCAUGAAAUACAUUAGCUGCCGGCUGGUGACAUUUGCAGUCAUACUGCUGGCAUGUGUCUACUUGGGCUAUUACUUCAGCCUCUCCUCACUAUCAGACGAGUUUCUGUGCAGCAUCAAAUCGGGCGUCCUGAGAAAUGACAGCACCAUUCCCGAUCGCUUCCAGUGCAAGCUCAUUGCUGUCGGCAUCUUCCAGCUGCUCAGCUUCAUUAACCUCAUGGUGUAUGCUCUGCUGGUUCCUGUGGUCAUCUACACACUGUUCGUCCCGUUCCGGCAGAAGACAGAUGUUCUCAAAGUAUAUGAAAUCCUGCCCACCUUCGAUGUUCUACAUUUCAAGUCUGAAGGCUACAACGACUUGAGCCUCUACAACCUCUUUCUGGAAGAGAACAUAAGUGAGCUCAAAUCAUACAAGUGUCUUAAGGUGCUGGAGAACAUUAAAAGCAAUGGGCAGGGCAUCGACCCCAUGCUGCUCCUGACCAACCUAGGCAUGAUCAAGAUGGACGUCAUGGAUGGGAAGACUCCCAUGUGCUCAGAGAUCAAGGGAGAGGACCAGGGCAGCCAGAUGGUGGAGUUCAAAGAUUUGGACCUGAGCAGUGACACUACAACAAACAUUGGAGAGAAGAACUCUCGACAGAGACUUCUGAAUUCAUCAUGCUAAUGGUUUCAUUCUUGACUUUCAAGUCCGUGACUUCUGCGGCUGAAGCACCCCUGUUGGGUCUGUAGCUAGUUUGCAGUAAAUGUUUUUGGUAGUGAUGUGAUGUGUGUUUUACCAGGCCCUAAUAGAUAUAAUGGCCAAUAGUGUAAAGGAAGAAUGGAUUAGGAAUGUCCCAUAAGACAAAAUAUGGAAAUGAGUAAGUGGGCUUUGCCCGAAGUCCUCAUUGAAAGGCUAUUAAGAGCACAGCCUUCUAGCACUUCGGAGAAACACCGUUCUAGACUGUCAGGGUUGUAAGACCUGGAACUUCUGGAGAGCAAGCACUUUGGGGAUGUCUUGUUUUAUGAGAUAAUAAUAAACAUGUCAGGAUUUAAUUUAAUAAUGCCCUCUGUGUGCACUUACUGGCUGUUGAAUAAGAAAAGCACUCGCUGGCCUACCAGCAGUGUUGGCCUGUGCAUGGCAGCAUCCUAAAUUGGGUGUACCUGGUGUCUCAGCUCUUGCACUUGCAAACUCUCCUAUCACUUGCCAGCCUCAGCUAACUGUUGUCCUUGACCACUGCUCCCUGCCCUUUGACCUCUGCAAGGACAGCAGGCUGAGGCAGUGCUGCUGAAGCCAGCUAAGGAGGCAGAGUUAUAGUGCAUCGGCUCGUGCCGUGGUGACUCUCAGAAGGAAGGCUUCAGAAACAUCCCAGUGGGAAAUCGAAUUUAGAGGUUUUUGGUAGAUGUCAUCAAGACAUCUGAGACAGGAGUACCACAUUUUACUGAAGAACACUGACAGAUCACAGGGAAGGACACUGCCCAAUGUGAGCCGAACAUGGAGCUGACAAAAGAGUGACCUUUGCCAUGAGUUUGGAGACAGAUUGUUUAUAUUUAAGCACAGCUUUUUAAAUUUUGCAGAUUAACUUGUAUAAUUGGGGUAAUUUGAGAAGAACAUUCCUAGCAUUAAUAAGAAUUACAGAAUAAAUUAUACACAUGGGUGGUUAGGACUGAUAUAAGCAUUGGUUUGUAAACAGUUUUUAAUUUUUGUGACAUGGUCUCGCUUUGUAACAAAGCUCAGCCUGUCCUUGGAAUUGCGUCAGUUUUCCCCGAUGAGCCUCCCAAGUGUCGGGAUCACAGGUGUGAAUCACAGGCCUGGCUUUAUAAAACAUUCUUGCUGAUUUAGCAUUUGUUAAAGCCCCUUCACGUUCUUACUGCGUGAACAUGCUGUACGUUCACACUUUAUAUAAAAACUCUUUAGUCUGUAGACUUUCCCAUUCUUAACACGUUGUUUAAAUGAAAGUCCUCGGGAACUGCCCAGUUUGCUUUUAGCUAAUCUUAGGGACAGUUGUUCACCUAAUCUAAUUGCUUUUUGGUGAAGCCAGAAGUUAGGUAAGUGGCUAUCUGCCUUACCUAACGUAGAGAAAAGCAGAUUUUGCUUGUACUUCCCUGGCAGUUUCUGAGUUGGAAAGCUCAUAUAAAUACCAAGAGUGCACUGGGGCCUUUGAAUGGCACUGUUCCAUGAUACUUCUUUCUGCUGAGUGUUGAGUUAUGGUAUGACUGAGACCUGGUAACUAAGAAACUGAUUUUGUAUAUUUUUAUAUUGCUGUGUCGGAGACAUUUUAUUACAAUUCGCUACAGUGUG